AGAGGUUUUGUCACCUGAUUCACCACUUUUAAAACUGGAGGAUAACUGUUUGAAUUUAUCUGCCUCUGGAUCAAGUGACAGCAUAUUCAGCUGUACUGUUUUGUCAGUUCCAGAUGGCGAAAAUAUACAUCACAUUGCAAGAUUCUUUGAAGCAGGAGGCUUUUCUGGAUUCUACCGAAAUGUUGCACAUGAAAAGAUUAAGGAAGAUCUAUCAUUAUAUAGCCUUCUUCCUUACCAAUUUUAUAAUGAAAUGGAUGUUGAUAUAUGCUCCAAAAGGAAUAUGUCCUUAUUCAAGGCUUUGAAAAAAGGUACAUGGUUUGUGAUCAAGAACCGUCUUUGUGGGAAAACCUAUUAUUGACCUACCGUGCCAACAAAGUUCAAUCAACUGAACUUGUGUCAUUUAAACUACCAAUGAUUCACCAUGAGCUAUCCUUGGAGUCUCAGUUUUUUUAUAUUUCUUCAAUACCUAACUUUCAUAAAUGGGUAUGGUGUAGUGAUGAGAUAAAGCAAGUAGAGGUAAAGUAUGUUCAAAAGUUCUCAACAAGCUGUAGAAGAUAUCCAGCAUCUCCAAGAAACAGAAUUCUUCAGGCAUGUAAUUUCAGAGGUUCUGAAGAAGCUAGCGAAGUAGUGAUUGCUGUUUUAAAUUGCAUUCUUGGUAACAUAGUAGAAAUACCUUAUUAUAAAAAUAAAAAAUUGCCAAGUACAACAAGAAAAAGGAAAUUCCACCUGAUUUCAAAGAGAAACAACAGGAAGAAUGCAGAAGAGAGUGAUGGUGAUGAAGAAGAUGCCUCUGACUCUAGUAUACAGGUUGAUAUUAUGGAGAGUAUACAACUUCAAAAUGUAGCUUCCUCCAGUGAAUCGUUGUAUCAGUAUUUUUGUGGACAGUUGUUCAACUAUGGCACCUUCAAAUGGAGAGUUAAAUCAGCUACAAAGUUGUUGUCGUGA